AUCAAAAUAAAUAUUAAGAUAUAUUUUUAAAUUUUUAUUUAAGGUUAUAAAAUGAAUGUAAAAGAAAGAUUUUUAUCAACUUGUGAAAAAGAUUUCAUAAAUAAAGCAAUCACCGGUGGUAUUAGGCAUGAUGGUCGCACGCAAUAUGAAUUUCGAGAUUUAAGUAUAGUAUUUGGCAUUGAUUUUGGUUCUGUUCACGUUUGUUUAGGAGAAACUAGAAUUUUAGCUCAAGUUACCGGAGAAAUUUUACCAGCUAGAAAUGCACGACCACACGAGGGUAUAUUAUCAGUUUACUUAGAAUUGGGACCUAUGGCUGCGCCGCAUUAUGAAGUAAACCGACAAUCAGAUUUGAGUACACUCGUAAAUAGAGCAUUAGAGAAAUGCUUAAAAGAUUCAAAAGUGAUAAAUUUAGAGGCACUAUGCAUACGGGCUGGUGUAAAAGUUUGGUCAAUACGAUUGGAUUUAAAUGUAUUAAAUUUAGAUGGAAAUUUAGUUGAUGCAGCAUCAAUUGCUGCAUUAGCAGCUUUAGCACAUUAUCAACGACCAGAUGUUACAUUAAUUGGAAACGAAAUUACGAUUCAUAAAUUUCAUGAAAAACAGCCGUUACCUUUGAUUGUUCAGCAUUAUCCAGUCUAUGUAACUUAUGCGUUUUUUACAGAAGGUGAGAGAAUAAUCGCUGACCCAACAUCAUUAGAAGAAAGAAUAUCAGAAGGGCAAGUUAGUUUAGCCGUAAAUGGAUACAAAGAAUUAUGUGGCCUUCAUUUAGAAGGAAAUACUCCUGUAGAACCAGAUUUAGUCUUAAAAUGUUCUUCAAUGGCAGCAAAACGAGCCGGAAAAGUAGUUGAAUUAAUUAAAAAGAAAUUAGCUGAAGACACAGAAAAUAGGCGUAAAAAUGAAAUUGUUGGAUUUAAUGAAUGUUUACGUUUAAAUAAAAUACCUUCGUACAGUGAAGAGUGUAUAACAUUCCAAUUACGAAAAUACAAGAAAAAUAAAAAAUUUGAAAGUGGAGAUACAUCCACUCUCAAGGAAGAAGAAAUAAUUGAAGAACCCAAAAUAAAUAUAGUUGCAGAAAAUACAGCAGAAUUAAUUCGAGAUGAUGUCCAAAUGCUCAGUUCGGAUGAGAGUGCUGAUGUUGAAAUUAUAGAACCAGUUAAACCUACAAAAAUGAUGAAGAACAAAAAAUCAAACGAGAGAAAAGAUUUGAAUACAAAACGGCCAAAAUCGAAUAUCCAAACAAAAGAAAUUUUAUCAGCUAAAAAAAAUAAGCAUUCAAAACAUGAUUCAGAUAGUGAAGAAGAAGAAACAAUGGAACUUGGUUCAAAUUUUUAGAAUUAUAAAAAAAUUUCAAAACUGUUCAAAAAUACAUUUUUUUUUAUACUCAAAUCGCAAACAAAUUAGGAAGGUAUUUGUCCUGUGGUAUAAAAUUUCGAAAUCGAGUUUUAUUGAUUGUUUAAACGGUUACGAUAAAACAAGGACUCACAUUAUUAACGGAUGGAUAUAAAUAAAUGGUCAAUAAUUAAGUAAGUGGUAGGAUGCGCCAAAACAAGCAUAUGAUAUAAAGAAAUGGCUCCCUUCAGAGGUGAUUUGUGCCGAACAGGAAAGUGCAUUAAUUUCCAAAAUCAAAUUGAAAAAUCAUAAAAUUUGUGUUUAUGGACGCAUGGUUAAGUAUAUUAUGUAAAAUAUAAAGAGCCUUUCCGUUGAACAUACUAUACCGCUGGAGGAUUCAUUCUAUUUAAAAAAAUACCCAAUUCUUUUUUUUCUUGCGUAGUUCAAAGAUAAUAAGGAAAGUAAAACUGUUUUGUUUUUCUGUGACAAUACGAAGACUUGAACAAUUUUUUUUAAAGUUGCCAUAUUCAAUCAAAUUGAAUCGUUACAUGGAAACAAAUAUUAAAUUACAAUAUAUUUCUACCAUUAACCAACCCUUUUAAAGGGUUCCUUUAAGCACUUUUUCCCAUAAAUGGGGUGCAUAAAUGGGGUGUAAAAAUACGUUUAAACAACUUUUUUCUCGAUGAGGCAGUUUUUAAUUACUGUUUUAAUAAAUUGUUUGCUUUGAAGAGGAAAUGUAUGGAAAAAGAUACUUUAAUAUUCUUUCAAUAAUAUUCCAAUUAAAAAAAGGAUUUAUUUUUGAGAAAGUAUGUGGAAAUUUUCAAUUUGCUGAUUGUUUACAUGGUUUAAAAUUAUGGAAUUUUAAGAAAAAAGGUCCUGUAAA